AUGCACGAUUUGAUGAAAGUGCAUUUGUCUGAGGCUCAGCUAUGUUCUAUUCAGAAAUACUCAAUCAAAAAAGCAUAUGGCAAAUUGAUUCUUCCUGCUGCUGUAAAAGUUUACUGGGCUAGUGCUGUGUGGUGUCGUUUAGGCCAGGCUAAACAUAGAUUCAUCACCUGGCUAGCUGUUUUAGAAAGAUUGAACACUAAAGACAGAUUAAGACAGUUUGGGCUGUCUAUGGAUGAUUUAUGCCUCCUAUGUGGUGCUGCUACUGAGAACCAUAACCAUCUGUUCUUUGGCUGUCACUUUAGCUAUCAGUGUUGGUCUCAUAUUGCCAGUUUUCUGCACAUUAGUCUCACUAAGUGCAGCCUGCCUCAGUUGAUCAGAUGGAUUCACAGGAGAAAUAUCUCAAAGUUCAGAAAAGGGGUGUAUUAUACCUUUGUAUGGUGUACUGUCUACCAUAUUUGGAAAGAAAGGAAUAAUUCUUUGUGGAACAAUCAGAUUAGCUGCAUUGAUAAAGUGUGUAGCAUGAUUAAGAGUAGUGCAUGUAAUAGGUUACAUUCUGUGUUGCCUAAAGCUCUUAGCACUACGGAUAGUAGUUGGUUCUGCACCCUUGUUGAAGGGUAG